AAAAAUUAGAAAACACCAACCCACGUGUUAGCUCUCAAAAUAGAUUCCAACAUUUUUGCAUACAUAUCAUUUGCGAUCCAUUUUCUCUAAGUUUUAUCUUUAAAAAUGCGUGAAAUAGUGCAUUUACAGGCUGGACAAUGCGGUAAUCAGAUAGGAUCAAAGUUCUGGGAGAUUAUUUCUGAUGAGCACGGUAUUGAUCCCACGGGAAGGUAUCAUGGAGACAGUGAGCUACAACUUGAGAGAGUACAAGUGUACUAUAAUGAAGCGGCUGAUGGAAGCCGCUAUGUACCAAGAGCAGUUCUGGUAGACUUGGAGCCAGGCACCAUGGAUGCUAUCCGUUCUUCUAGCUAUGGACAACUCUUUAGACCUGAUAACUUCGUUUUUGGGCAGAGUGGAGCUGGUAAUAAUUGGGCCAAGGGGCAUUAUACAGAAGGGGCAGAAUUAGUUGAAUCUGUUAUGGACGUGGUUAGAAAGGAGGCAGAACCGUGCGAUUGUCUACAAGGGUUCCAAUUAACCCACUCUCUUGGAGGAGGAACGGGGUCAGGUUUGGGAACAUUACUUCUGAGUAAAUUGAGAGAAGAAUAUCCAGAUCGAAUUGUUAACACGUUUAGCGUUAUGCCUUCACCUAAGGUAUCAGACACAGUGGUAGAACCAUACAACGCUACACUUUCCGUACAUCAGUUAGUAGAAAACACAGACGAAACAUUUUGUAUAGAUAACGAAGCCUUAUAUGACAUUUGCUUUAGGACGUUACGAUUGGCGUCACCUACGUAUGGAGAUCUUAAUCAUUUGGUUUCGUUAACAAUGUCCGGGGUGACAACAUGUCUCCGUUUCCCGGGACAAUUGAAUGCUGACUUACGCAAGUUGGCGGUCAACAUGGUACCCUUCCCGAGAUUGCAUUUCUUUAUGCCUGGAUUCGCGCCGCUCACAGCGCGCAACAGUCAAGGAUAUAGAGCGCUCACUGUACCUGAGUUAACUCAACAGAUGUUCAGCCCAGUAAACAUGAUGGCGGCUUGUGACCCUCGUCAUGGCCGCUAUCUGACUGUAGCCGCUAUAUUCAGAGGAAGGAUGUCCAUGAAGGAGGUUGAUGAACAAAUGUUGUCUAUACAGGACAAAAAUUCGGGCUACUUCGUAGAAUGGAUCCCAAACAACGUGAAAGUUGCAGUCUGUGACGUGCCACCACGUGGUCUCAAGAUGGCGGCGACUUUCGUUGGCAACUCUACAGCUAUACAAGAGAUAUUUAAGAGAAUAUCUGAACAAUUCACUGUUAUGUUUAGGAGGAAGGCCUUCCUUCACUGGUAUACAGGCGAAGGGAUGGACGAAAUGGAGUUCACAGAAGCAGAGAGUAACAUGAACGAUCUUAUUUCUGAAUAUCAACAAUAUGAGGAGGUCGGUGUUGAUGAUGAAUUUGAUGAACAAGAAGAAGUGGCAGCCGAAGAGGAAUAUCCUGAAGAAACUUAAUUGUUCUAUAAAUAUAAAUAAAUUUAGUUUUACCUA